AGGAACGCAAUCGAGUCUGCCGAGUCCGCAGAACUACGUUUCCCAUCGGGCAUCGGGGCGACGCUCCCAGAGGCUCGGGCUUCUUCUACCUGUAUUAGAAGCCGCGCGUGGCUGGAUUGCUGCGGCCGAUAUUCCGCUGAGUCGCCGCGAUGCCGAAAGCCAAAGGGAAGAGCCGGCGGCAAAAGUACAACUAUAAUGUCGACCGCAAGAAGCAGAACAGGGCUUUCCGCAAGCGCGCGGCGCCCCGCAUAAAAUGUACCCAAAUCCGACAUGCCUGGGAUAGGACCAAAACUGUAAAGCAGAACCUGGCAGAAAUGGGCCUGGCUGUUGAUCCAAACAAGGCUAUACCUAUUCCGAAAACAAUGCAACAGAUGCUGAAAAUGGAAGUGGAUGGACAAGAAGCAAAUGUGAAAACUGUGCGGAAGCCAUAUGUACUAAAUGAGUUGGAAUCUGAGGCCAGCCUCCCAGAGAAGAAGUCAGAGACGCUCUCCCGAGAUCUUAUUGACUAUGUCCAGCACAUGAUCCGGAGCCAUGGUGAAAACUACAAGGCUAUGGCACGUGAUGAGAAGAACUAUUACCAGGACACACCAAAGCAAAUAAAGAGGAAAAUCAAUGUAUAUAAACGCUUCUACCCUGAGGAAUACCAGACCUUUGUUGCCUCUCUGCAGCCAGAGAAGAUGGAACAGCAAUGAUUUUACUCACCAAAGAAAUGGGCAGAAGCAGCUGCACCUAUAUUAAUUCAGAUGCUACUCUGCCCUCAAGUGACUUCUGGUCAGGGACUGAAAUUAUCUAUAAUUGUGCCCUUUGAAGAGAGAAGAUGGGAAGGUGUUUAUGUAGAUGGGACUUUGUCUGACCUCUAAUUGUUGAAGAGCCCUUGCUGCAUUCUGCUUGCACCAUCUUAGCUUUGGGAUAGAUCCUAGUUGAAAUAAACUUCUUUCCCAAGCCCCGAGUCAGUAACAAAGCACAGCCAAAGGAUGUUUCCUGUCCUUGCUGUGUGAGUGACAAGCAGCUUUGCCAAACCAUCUGGAGAACAGGUGGGGAAGACUGUCCUAAGGAAAUUUUGGUACAUCAUCCAGCUAUGGAAACAACAAGUCGUGGUAAACCAUUGUAAUCAAAAGUCAGUAUGUUUUCAAGCAUUCUUUUAUGAAGAGUAAAGUAUUUCCCUUUCUUUUAAAAAAAAAAGUUUCUUUUAAAAAUUGGUCUCUUACUAUGGAAAA